GCGGGUUUUGGGCUGGGCUUGAUUGUAAAAAAAGCAGUCCUUGUCCGGCCAGCGCUCGCGUUGCUGGGUCAAAACGAUCAUAACAACUCGGACGUUGUCGCUGCAUCGCACGGACGCGUGCGAAACUGACAGAGAAGCCCUGCAGCCGAAACCGCUGCACACACGCGGCGCAAGAACUCCGCACGCGACGAGGGAAGGGCUACGCAACGCAGCAAUGGAUGAGGCAAGAGACCCGCUGCCCGAGCUAUCCUUCCGCGGAUUAACAGAAGACGACCACGCCGUGAUCAAGGCGCUCCACGAGGACUGGUUCCCCGUGCGCUACUCGGCGGGGUUCUACGACGCGGCCGUGCGCGGGCGCAUGGUCGGCACGGGCGAGGCCAUCUUCCACCUCGUGGCCGAGGACGCGCGGACGCGCGAGAUGGUCGGGCUCGUCACCGCGCAGCUCACCGAUGCCAGGAGGUGCGGCGACGCGUUGUUUGAGCCGGCCCGUGAUUUUGAUUUAAACGAGUGCGAGCGCGUGGUGUACGUGCUGACGCUGGGGACCGUCGCGAAAUAUCGACGACGGGGCGUCUCCACGGAGUUAUUGAGGAGGUGCCUCGCGCGCGCGGAAGCGGAGCCGCGCUGCGGCUGCGUCUACCUCCACGUCAUCACGUAUAACGCGGCGGCCAUCGCCUUUUACGAGCGCGCCGGCUUCGAGCGGGUCCGGGAGAUCCCGAACUACUACCGGAUUGAGGGAGAGGACUACGCGUGCUAUGUCUACGCGCGCUUCCUCGACCGCGCGCGGCGGGCGCCCGGCGCGGCGCCGUCCCUCUGGCUCGCGUCGUCGCUCGCGGGCCUCGUGCCGGCGGCGUUCCGGAGCUGCUUCAAGCGGCGGCUCUGGUGAACUUUGUUCGGGCUUCUCUGUGUUUUUUGGUAAGUUUGUGCUAGC